AUGUUAGGGAAAAAGAUUGUAUCUAUCAAGAAACUAGCAAAAAAGGUGAAGGUUGUAGGUAGAGUUGACUCUGACCCUGCUCACUUUAAGUUGUUGAAGGAAUGUGAGGAAGAAGAAAAAAAACCAAUCACAAAACAAACCGGGUCAAAAAAAUGUGGUGUUUUUGCACUAUAUGUUGGGGAGGAACGACAGAAAUAUGUGGUUCCAACCAGGUACCUCUCACAUCCAUUAUUCAAAAUGUUGUUGGAGAAAGCAUACAAUGAAUUUGGGUUUGAACAGAAGAAUGGCUUGGUAGUUCCAUGUAGUGUUUCAGCAUUUCAAGAGGUUGUUAAGGCUAUAGAAUGUAAUAAUUGUAAGUUUGACAUGGGAAAUAUUUUUGAUGAAUUGAUUUGA